UCACCGCUUGACGACCAAGGGGGCAAAGCCUCGGUCUUCAUAGAAAAGGAGAGGAGGCAAACACAGCCCAAACUGGGGGGUUUCUCUUCAAAGCCAGCUGGUCUGGCUUUAUUCUACGGGAAUUAUUUACCUGUCAGAGUUGGGACAACAAAACCCUCAGCAGGUGCUGACGGGCAAAACUUCCUGGGGAAGCAGAACGGCACUGGUGCCAACAAAAAGAGCUGGAAACUGUGAAGUAACCUCUGAAGAGAUGAAGUGAAGCAUGGAAGGCAAAUGGCUGUGGCAGUAAAGAAGUGUAGGUGAAAGGAAAAUAUACCAAGGACUAAUCUGGUCGAGUCUUCCUUCAUCAGGAACGAAUGCGAGGAUUUGGGAACUGAGCUGUGCACGUGCUGAAGAAGGAGACUUGUUUGAAGGAAACAGGAAAGAGGAAGAAAAGGAAGGAAAAAAUACAUAAUUUCAGGGACGAGAGAGAGAAGAAACACGGGGACUAUGGGGAGAAAAAAGAUUCAGAUCACAAGGAUCAUGGAUGAGCGGAACAGGCAGGUGACGUUUACAAAGAGGAAAUUUGGAUUGAUGAAGAAGGCUUACGAGCUGAGUGUACUGUGUGACUGUGAGAUUGCACUCAUCAUCUUCAACAGCACCAACAAGCUGUUCCAGUACGCCAGCACCGACAUGGACAAGGUCCUGCUCAAAUACACAGAGUACAACGAGCCGCACGAGAGCCGGACGAACUCUGACAUCGUGGAGACAUUGAGAAAGAAGGGCCUUAAUGGCUGUGACAGCCCAGAUCCCGAUGCGGACGAUUCAGUAGGUCACAGCCCUGAGUCUGAGGACAAGUACAGGAAAAUUAACGAAGAUAUUGAUCUAAUGAUCAGCAGGCAAAGAUUGUGUGCUGUUCCACCUCCCAACUUUGAGAUGCCAGUUUCCAUCCCAGUGUCCAGCCAUAACAGUUUGGUAUACAGCAACCCUGUCAGCUCACUGGGAAACCCGAACCUUCUGCCACUGGCUCACCCUUCUCUGCAGAGAAAUAGUAUGUCUCCUGGUGUAACACAUAGACCUCCGAGUGCAGGUAACACAGGUGGUCUGAUGGGUGGAGACCUCACAUCCGGUGCAGGCACCAGUGCAGGGAAUGGAUAUGGUAACCCCCGAAACUCACCAGGUCUGCUGGUCUCACCUGGUAACUUGAACAAGAAUAUACAAGCCAAAUCUCCUCCCCCUAUGAAUCUAGGGAUGAAUAACCGUAAACCAGAUCUCCGAGUUCUUAUUCCACCGGGCAGCAAGAACACGAUGCCAUCAGUGAAUCAAAGGAUAAAUAACUCCCAGUCGGCUCAGUCAUUGGCUACCCCAGUGGUUUCCGUAGCAACUCCUACUUUACCAGGACAAGGAAUGGGAGGGUAUCCGUCAGCCAUUUCAACAACAUAUGGUACUGAGUACUCCCUGAGCAGCGCAGACCUGUCAUCUCUAUCUGGGUUCAACACUGCCAGUGCUCUUCACCUUGGCUCUGUAACUGGCUGGCAACAGCAGCACCUACACAACAUGCCGCCAUCUGCCCUCAGUCAGUUGGGAGCUUGCACUAGCACUCAUUUAUCUCAGAGUUCAAAUCUCUCCCUGCCUUCUACUCAAAGCCUCAACAUCAAGUCAGAACCUGUUUCUCCUCCUAGAGACCGUACCACCACUCCUUCGAGAUACCCACAACACACGCGCCACGAGGCGGGGAGGUCUCCUGUUGAUAGCUUGAGCAGCUGUAGCAGUUCCUACGAUGGGAGCGACCGGGAGGAUCACCGGAACGAAUUCCACUCCCCCAUUGGACUCACCAGACCUUCGCCAGACGAAAGGGAAAGUCCCUCAGUCAAGCGCAUGCGACUCUCUGAAGGAUGGGCAACAUGAUCACAUUAUUACUUAAUAGUUUUUUUUUUUUUCUUGCAGUGUGUGUGUGUGCUAUACCUUAAUGGGGAAGGGGGGUCGAUAUGCAUUAUAUGUGCCGUGUGUGGAAAAAAAAAAACCGUCAGGUACUCUGUUUUGUAAAAGUACUUUUAAAUUGCCUCAGUGAUACAGUAUAAAGAUAAACAGAAAUGCUGAGAUAAGCUUAGCACUUGAGUUGUACAACAGAACACUUGUACAAAAUAGAUUUUAAGGCUAACUUCUCUUCACUGUUGUGCUCCUUUGCAAAAUGUAUGUUACAAUAGAUAGUGUCAUGUUGCAGGUUCAACGUUAUUUACAUGUAAAUAGACAAAAGGAAACAUUUGCCAAAAGCGGCAGAUCUUUACUGAAAGAGAGCAGCUGUUAUGCAACAUAUAGAAAAAUGUAUAGAAGUUUGGACAGACCCGGCAAGGGGUGGCCAUUGGUAAAUGUUAGGAACAUGCCCGGUCACCUAACAUCCCGAGGAAGCUCACAAACCUGCAGGCAUAUCAUUGGUGUAUGGCACUCAUUCAAAAGGAUCAGAAACCAUUCAAAGAGGACCAUACCUACUUUAAAAGAAAAGAAAAGAAAAAAAGCAAAAACAAAAAAAAAAAAAAAAAAAAAACAGUGUGGCGUUUGAGAGCUAACGUAUUUAAUUAAAUAAAUCUGGGUCUGCAUCUCUUAUUAAAUAAAAAAAUAUAAAAAUAUGUACAUUACAUUUUGCUUAUUUUCAUAUAAAAGGUAAGAAAGAGUUUGCAAAGCAUUUGUGGCUUUUUGUAGUUUACUUAAGCCAAAAUGUGUUUUUUCCCCUCAAUAGCUUCGCUAAUAUUUUAAACAGUCCUGUAAAAACCCACAGAGGACUUUUUGUAUAGAAAGCACUACCCUAAGCCAUGAGGAACUCCAUGCUUUGCUAACCAACAUAACUGUUUUCUCUUUGUAGAAGUUUUGUUUUUGAAAUGUGUAUUUCUAAUUAUAUAAAAUAUUAAGAAUCUUUUAAAAAUCUGUGAAAUUAACAUGCUUGUGUAUAGCUUUCUAAUAUAUAUAAUAUUAUGGUAAUGGCAGAAGUUUUGUUUUCUUAAUAGCGGGAGGGGGGUAUAUUUGUGCAGUUGCACACUUGAGUAACUAUUUUCUUUCUGAUUUCUUUUACUCUGCACACAUUUUAUAAGUUCAAGGUCAGCUGUCAAAAGGAUAACCUGUGGGGUUAGAGCAUAUUAUAUUGCAACAUCCUAAAUUGUUUUUAGAACAUCAGCAAAUUAUUGGGUCAACUGACAUCCAUUGUAUAUACUAAUUGGUUUCUUUCAAACUAUUUUUCUGUUGUUUUUUUUGUUUGUUUGUUUUUUUGGUGCUUUUUUGUUUGUUUGUUUGUUUUUUGGGAUUUUUUUUUUUUUGGUUUUUUGUUUUUUGUUUUUUUUUUUUUUUUUUUUUUUUUUUUUUGCAUUUUAUCAAAAGCAGGGCCCCUUUCAGAUAUCUCCAUUUCACCACGCAUCUUGGAAUUCAGUAAGUUCAUAUCCUAACUUGCCCAUAUUCUAAAUUUACAUGGUUCAUGUUCAGCCUUGAAUUUGAUAUUUCUUAGAAAUAUGCCCAGAGUAAGUUGGGUCACAUGUCCUGCAAGUUGGGCCCUAGGAACAAGAGAUGUGAGUUUACUUGGUGGAUAAGUUACAGAUUUCUGUAGAAGAAAAAUGUGAAAGACCAGGUGCUACAAAGGAGGAAAACAGUUAAGGGAUGGUUACUUGUCGUCCACCUUCGUGAUUUUAACUGACCCGUUGAACAGCCUGGUGUGUCAGGACCCCCAAUGUCACUUCUGCAUAAAGCAUGUAUGGCAUCUAUUUUUUUUCUUCAAUAAAGAGAUUUAAUAUCCAUUUCAAGAAUUCCCAUUCAAAAACUUUCUCUAUGUCCCUUUUUUUUAAUUUUCAUGAUAAUUUAACUCUUGUCUAAUAUUUGUGUGUGAGGGAUUAGUUUUCAGACCCUUUAAAAGUGAGUGCCAUAAAGAAACAAUAUAUAGUGUUUAAUAAAGUGAUAUUUCAGGCUAGGAAGAGAUUUCCUUCUCUUGGAAUGUGAAGAUCUGUCGAUUCAUCUCCAGUCAUCCAUACUGACAUGCAGAGCAAAGACUAUGGUAAAAAAAAAAAAAAAAAAAAAUCAGUCCUGCUAGAUCAUGUGUAGGACACAUUCAUCCAUUCUUAUUUCCUUUUACCUGCAUAGUUGCUAUGUGUUUCUCACUGUAAAAGGCUGCCGCUGGGUGGCAGAAGCCAAAAGACCUUAUUAACGAGGCUAUAUUUUUCUUAACUUGAUCUGCAAUCCAUGAUUAGACCACGAUGCACCUUUGGUUGUAUCCGUAUAGGAUGCUAGCCUGCCUUGUAGUAAUGUUUUAUAUAUUAAAAAUAAAAUAAAGACAUCAGUCAUUUCAUAUAUAUCCCACUACUAAAGGUAUCCAUGGAACAUGAAGACUAGUAUUUAUGCAGAAGAAAAAUAGGAAAACAUCCCUGCAAACAUGGUUAUCUAUACACCUGUUUGCAUGUCCGUGUGUGCACAUGAAGUGAAAAUGAAAAUCAGUCAUUAUUUCACUCUAGACUUGAUUCCAUCCUGACGAUUCAUGUUUAUAACUUAGUACGUAUUAAAUAUGCAAGCGCAUCACAAAUGUUCUUUGUCAUUUCAAAAUACAUUAGUUUAUCAGUAUCAUUAGAAUCUUGCCAGUGGGUGGGGAAGGGUCAUAUAAAAAUAUGAAGAAAUAGCCAUAUUAAAUUUUACCUGCCAUUUGCCUCGGCAAAAAAGCAAACAUGAGUUUCUAAUGCUAAAGAUAGAGUAAGCGAAUGUGCCAGCAAAGGCCUCUGCUGUUUGUAGCACUUCUGACAAUAGUUUUUUACAAACUCGAGAAGAACAGACUCACUUGAAAAUGGAUUCCAGUCACCUCCUUCCCACUACUGAAUUCAAAGCAGUAGCAGACAGUAAAGGGAUAAUCUAAGAAUUUUUAAAGAUGAUUUAAUGAGAAGCACAAUUUUUAUUGUGACCAGUCACACUCUAUGAACAGUCAGUGUCUGUCUGUCUUUACCCUUCUGCCUUCCCUGUAACUCACCACUUACUGUAUUUGCAAAUCUAGUACGGUGGUUUUUUAAUCACAGAAAGUCCUUUGUGUCCAGGAGUCUGGGCAGAGCUCUGAGGGAUUAUUUUACAUUGCCUGGCCUAGAGUAGCAUUUUAGACAACAUUCAUCAUUGCAAGUAGAACUGUAAGUGGCAUUUUACAUGGCUGCAAGUAUUGUUAUACCUAGUCCUAUUUUAACAGAAUUUUGGUAACAGUAAGCUGAAAACCACUGGUAACGGUGUGGCAGCAUAUGCAAGCUGCACAACCUGUAUACUGUAUGCAUUGAUGUGAGGAGGCUGUUUAUUUCAACCUUUUUUAAAAUUGUGUUUUUUAGUAAAAUGGCUUAUUUUUUUCCCAAAGGUGGAAUUUAACAUUUUGUAAUGAUGAAUAUGAAAAUGCCUGUCAUCUUUAGAUCAUCUAAAGGUUAACUAAAGUGAGAAUUGCAAAACAAAUCCCAAUACAUGUUUUAAGACCAUGUCUGCCCUCUCGCACCUCUCUGUGUUUGUUUUUGACAUACCUACCCUUUACCUUAGAGAUACCAUUUUACUACUUGAUCCCUUUCCUGUGUGUUUUUCCCCCCAGAGAGUAAAUGCUUUGUAUUUCUUUCUUUAAAAAAAAAUUUUUGAAGACGAAGCCACUUGAACCUUCAAUAAAGGCUGUUGCCUAAGCAUGGCAUACUUCAUCUGCUUUCCUUUGUGCCAUCUGCUAUGGUUUCGUCACUUGUAUGGCGUUAAUUUCCUGCCACUACAGAUCUUUUGAAGAUUGCUUGAAUACUGGUGUCUGGUAGAAUGCUUCAGACUACAGAUGUAAUUAAAGGCUUUUCUUACUAUGUGUUAACCAAAGAUGUGGAGCAAUCCAAGCCACAUAUCUUCUGCAUUAAAUUUGUCCAUUUUGGUUAUUUUCCUAAUCGGGUAUUGCAUUUUGCCUUCCCUGUUCAUACCUCAAAUUGAUUCAUACCUCAGUUUAAUUCAAGGAGGUUCGCUAAGUGAUGGAUCCUGUUGUGAUCUGAGUGAAGCAGUGUACUCUUGGAGCAAACAGACCCGGGUCACUGUAGGCAUAGGACUUGGAUUGCUUCAGAUGGUUUGCUGUGUCAUUUUUCUUCUUUUUCCUUUUCUGAGGACUUGUUUCCAUUCAAUGAGAGUAAUUAAAUAGCUUGUAAAUGAGGGCAUACAAGCAUUUGCAACAAGUAUUCAAACAGAGGCUCACAGCGGCAUAAGCUGGACUUUGUCGCCACUAGAUGACAAGAUGUUAUACCUAAGUUAAACCACAUCUGUGUAUCUCAAGGGACUUAAAUUCAGCUGUCUGUAGUGAAUUAAAGUGGGAAAUUUUCAAAAGUUUCUCCUGCUGGAAAUAAGGUAUAAUUUGUAUUUUGCAGACAAUUCAGUAAAGUUACUGGCUUUCUUAGUGA